UUCACCUUUCCCAUCGCCUGUAUUAAGCCAAGCAUUGUAUAGUACCAACUGCCAAGACGUGAGCCAUAUGUGGAAAAACUCAACAGGACCACGGGUCUAAGUUCAGACAAAGAUUUGACACUUAUGAUCAUAUCUGCUCAGUAAUCUAGUCAGACCGAUCAAACCUGCUAACAACAUCUUCAUCAGACAUUGUUGCGCUUGUCAUAUCUACCAAGCUCCUUAUUCCGUCGGGUUAGGCCGGUCUGGCAGCUGGCAAGGAAAUCAGCAUUCUCGAGUCUCCAUCAAGUCGACUUUACGAGCGGCAUCGUUUCUCUUCUACGCCUUGUUUUUGUGAGAAAUACGGCAACCCGUCUUCAGCUUUCAUCUUUUUUUUUUCUCCAUACCUCACUUUAUGUCCCUAUUAUGCCCCCAAUCACGACCGUGACGAGGUUUGUCCACGCCGUUACAAAUCAGAAAAGGGGAGAACCAUUCGAUGGCGACGAUGCCACGAGUCCAGACACAGGAAGAAAGCUUCUCAUCAUCAUCCUAAGCAGCGCAAUCCCAGUCGUGGUUCUCUUCUUGGCGGCUGUUGUGCUCUGUCUAUGCUGGAGGAAGAAAAGACGGCAGAUACGAGUCUUUUCACGAACCGUUACACCUGUCGACGAUGAGGAAAUUGCAACAUGGAAAACCCCAAAAAGUGAGGAGGCUUGGUUUACGACCAUGGACGACACCGACGUAGAUGGAAAGAGCAGAUCGGCAACAGGGGAUCGUUUGAACACCAGCCAUGGGAAACAAUCAUCAACAAGCUCGGUAAAGAAACCCGCAAGCGUCAUCGUCUACGUCAACCCUCAAGACCAAGCAGCUGGAGAAACCCGGAAAUCACUCGACGAGGGCUCGCCUCGGCCCGCCGCACAUAGCACCCACAGCGGCUAUUAUGGAAAAACGAGCAUCGACCACACGCCACUACCACCAACCCCUAUCCUCGCAAGGGCUCCCAACUCCCGAGCCGGGCUCACAGACGAAACGGUCCCCGGCGAUGUGCCAUGGAUACCAGCGCCCAAGCGCCAGCCCUCUCGGCUAUACAAGCUACCGCCAGGUGCACAUGCUGCCGCCGCAUCAUCACCACGUCCGAGACAUGGGAGGAAGACGAGUUCAAAAAGUAGCACCAGCAGCAUAGGCGGUUACUCAAACUAUAUCAACUACAACAACUACAACAACAACAGAGCGGCAUACUACCGAGGCGGAGGAGGCUACACAUCCGACACAGGAGGAGGAGGAUUUCCCGGGCGACAUUCCAUCGACCACGCUCGCACCAGCAGCAUGCGCAUGCACCAUUCACGUCUUCACUCGGGGGUGACGGUUCCUCCGAGGCUGUCGCUUGGCGAUGAUGCGCUUUCGCGGAGACAAUUCUUGAGAGAGGAAGAGAUCGGACGGGCGAUCGGGUGAUGAUUGAGAAAUACCGAUACUUACUUACUCUCUCUCCUCCGUCACCAUUUCCGUCUCCGUAGGCUGGAAGCCAUAUCAACUUUUCACAGAUCGUUUGAUCUACCUACCUCACUCCUACACACACCGAGGUGCUGGAAGCUACCUCACACAUUCACACAGUUCUUUGGAUCCGAGG